UAUAAGCUCUAUAUGUUUGCUCUUUAAAUGUUUAUCAAAACAUAAAGUGUCAUAGUAAUUAGUUGUUAAUUUGAUUAAGUUAGGAACUAAAAUACUAUGUAACAACCCUGUCAUAUACAGGGUGAAAUACUUAAUGUCUCUUCAAAAAUUUGCAGUUUUGUAGUAUUUAAUUUUAAAAACAUAUUUGUUUAUGUUACUUCACAAUUUUAUAAAGUUACUAAUUUUUUGUUUUCUUUAGUAUUUUCUAGAACUCUAAAAAAAAUUGAGAUUUUAGUUUAACUAGUGUAGUAUAGUGUAUACUAUACUAGUUAAACUAAAAUCAAGAUUUUUUUUUUUGUGGGUUGGUUGCUUUCUGCAUAACUCCAUUCAAUUUGUGGACAAUUUUGACUGGUUGAUAGCCAGUUUUGAAUAAUUACUUCUAAGUUAAAAGUUUAGGACAGAAGACGGACAAAUUGUAGUAUUAUUUUUAUCUGAUAAUUAUUCUACCGCACUUUACCUCUGGUCCUAAAUUUUUAAAUUAAGUAGCUUUAAAAGUAAUUAUUCAAAAAUAUUUACAGACUAAUAAAAAUAUUAAACAAAUUAUUCGUAAUUUAAAAAGUUAAUUAAAUAGAGCUCUGGGAGAAAAUAAAAAAGAUAACAAUUUGAUUACGUGAUGUUAUAAAUUAAUAUAAACUAAAGAGUUUCCAAAAAGAAAAACUACAAAAUUGCAAUUAGUUUAAGAAAAAAUGAGUGUAUCGUCCUUAAUGAAUCUCAUCCCUGUAUACUUUCAACUACACUUGAAAAAGCUAGUCUACAAAGAUAACAACAAACAUCUUGUGAGUAGUUAUUAUUAUAUUAUACUCCUGGAAAGUCGAUGUACUGACAUUUUUUUGAGACUAAGUCAUCAACAAGGACAGUACGUACAUCAAAUUCAGUAUAUUACGUCUAUUUGAAUGCGAAUGUUUUACUCUUAAUCCUGAUUAUUGUCACCCUCUCUAGGAAUAGUCACAAACGAAUUGUUGUUUUGAUUCGUUUCAAGACAAUGAUACAGAGAUGGGGAAGAUCCUCGCCAUCAAUGCGUCAAUGUCGGUGAGCAAAUAACUAAAUGGUCGUCUGUCUCGCAUGGACAUUGGGGAGUGUCCAAAAAUACAUGACAAUGCGCUGAGAGCAGAUUUUGAAAAAGCACAACAAAAAUUUGACUAUUUCUAUGAUGUUGAUGCUACUGAACAUUUACAAGCGUUCAUUAGCGAUUGUGAUCGAAGGACAGAAGCAGCUCGUAAAAGGUUACUCGAAACUCAAGAAGAAUUAACGGCUGAAGUUGCAGAAAAAGCCAAUGCCGUGCAUGAAUUGGCUGAAAAAAUUGGACAAACAUUGGCUAAAGCAGAAGAACUAGGAGCCCAAGGUUUGGUCGAUGAAAGUCUGAAGCUAAUGGGAGAAAUUGAAGAAUUGCGCAAGAAUAAAGCAGAAGCUGAAGACACUUAUAGAAAUUCAAUGCCCGUUAGCAGUUACCAGCAGCAAAAAUUAAGAGUAUGCGAUGUGUGUUCAGCAUAUUUGGGUAUUCACGAUAAUGAUAGAAGAUUAGCAGAUCAUUUUGGAGGAAAACUACAUUUAGGAUUUAUAAAAAUUAGAGAAAAACUAACAGAACUUGAGAAAAACUAUGAAGAAAGACGUGAAGCUCGUCGUAAAUUUGAUGAACAAGAACGGUACAAGAGAGAUGAUAAAAGAAGCAAUAGAUCUAGAAGCCCAGAUCGUAGUGACCGUCAUAAUAGGCGAUCUAGAUCUCGCAGCCGUCCAAACAAACAUCGUUCUCGUAGCCGCAGUCGCAGCCGAAGCUAUAAACAUGACAGAAGAGAUAGGGAUAGACGGCGUUAUUAAUUUAUUUUAUUUAUUUGUAUCACGGACUAUGUUUUUCUUUUGUAUUAAAAUUAAUUAUGACAGUUUAA